GGGGGACGGGGGGGGCUUGUGGGUGAGACCGAGGGGAUCUCGGGGACUCCGAGGGGGGCGGUCCGCACUGCCACGUCCGCGGCUUCCCACUUCCCGCACCCUGCCACAGCCCAGCCGCUCUCUCUGCAUCUUGUGGCGUGGCACUGCCCAGCAUCAACAUCUCCCACCACCCCACCGUGUGUUAUUGUUAACAAGAUAUAACAUAAACUUUAUUUCGAUAGUUUUUUUUGUAUUCGACAAGAGCUCCCCCCCCCCCCGACGCCGCUGCUGCCUUCCGUUGCGGCCUACUAAUCGCUGCGGGCCGAUCGCGCGCGUUCCCGGCGGGGCGACUAGGCAAGACCACGGGGAGGUGGUCGGGGGGUGUCCGGUCUCGGGGACUCGAGGCGUUCUCUCUCUCUCUGUGUGUGCCCCCCACCCCCGUCUCGUUUCUAUCAUCCCCUCGGGGUCUUUUCCACCAUCCACGUCCCUCGUUCCGUGCGAAGAUGGCUGUGACGAGCUGGGGGCUGACGAUAAACAUCGUGAACAGCAUCGUCGGCGUGAGCGUGCUGACGAUGCCCUACUGCUUCAAGGAGUGUGGCGUGGUGCUGGGCACGGCGCUGCUGCUCUUCUGCGCGUGGAUGACGCACCAGACCUGCAUGAUGCUCGUCAAGACGGCCUUCGCCACCAAGCGCCGCACCUACGUCGGCUUGGCCUACCAGGCAUAUGGGCAUCCGGGGAAGCUGCUUGUUGAGGCCAGCAUGAUCGGCCUCAUGCUGGGCACGUGCAUCGCCUUCUACGUCGUCAUCGCCGACCUCGGAUCCAGCUUCUUCGGACGCCUCCUCGGGGUCACCGUUUCGUUUGGGUUCCGCGCGCUCCUCUUGCUGGCCGUGGCCUCGCUCAUCGUGCUGCCCAUCAGCCUCCAGCGCAACCUCAUGGCCUCGCUGCAGGCGCUCAGCGCCAUGGCGCUACUCUUCUACGCCUUCUUCGUGCUUGUGAUAGCUCUCACAUCCCUGCGUUACGGCCUCUUUGCGGGCGGAUGGAUGAGACGAGUGCACUAUUGGCGCCCGGCCGGGACCUUCCGCUGCCUGGCGCUCUUUGGCACAACCUUCCUGUGCCACCCGUAAGUAGCCGGGCCCGUUUGUACGGCGUCGGCCGAGGCACGCCGCCGCCCCCACUUUGAUCGGCGGGAGCAGAGAGCCAAAUCUCGGCCAUUUCACCGCCGAGAAAAUGUACCGGACAAUCCUAACAAUGAUUGGCAAUGGCCCGAGUAGUUCUGACGUCGCCGAGCGGCGCAGGGCGUCCUACGGGAGUCCGCUCCUCGCCGAUCAAACCGCGGGCCGCGGCGUUGCUUGUGCCGACAUGUGGCUGCGUGAGCGGCGGUUGGGCGGUAAGGCCUGCCGUCUCUCUCUCUCUCGCGCGCGAGAGGGCCAGCGUGGAUCAGGGGCGCGGCUUGGGCUAAUGACGCGAGGCUGCGGCUGGAACGGCUAGGCUCACGAACCGCCUCGUCGCGCGAUUUACAAACCACAGUGACGAGAGGCGGACGCGUGGCUCGGA